UAAGCAUGCAUUUAGAAGGUAGUAGUGUUGUGAUAUUAAGGUUCACAACAACACUGAUUUAUGCAUUUUUAACAUUGAUCAAAGGUUUGGAAGCAGUUACUAAUGCUGGUUUACCUCCCAACUAUUAUUUAGCCACCAUAAACCGGUCUAGUUUCCCUGACGAUUUUACUUUUGGCUCUGCUUCUUCUUCCUUUCAGAACGAGGGUGGGGCAAAUGACGAUGGUAGAGCUCCAAGUAUAUGGGAUACUUUCACCAAAAAACAUCCCGACAAGAUCGCGGAUCAUAGUAAUGCAGCUACGGCGACAGAUAGUUAUCAUCGAUACAAGGAGGAUGUGAAGAUGUUAAGGCAAAUGGGAAUGGAUGCAUACCGUUUCUCAAUCUCAUGGUCUCGAGUUAUACCACUUGGAAGGCUAAGCAGUGGACUUAAUGAGCAUGGGAUUGCAUACUACAAUAAACUCAUAAACGAGCUUAUAUCCAAUGAUAUUGAACCCUUUGUGACUCUAUUUCACUGGGAUCUUCCUCAAGCCCUAGAAGACGAGUAUGGAGGUUUCUUAAGUUCACGCAUUGUCGAUGAUUUUCGUGAUUUUGCUGAGCUGUGUUUUAGAAGAUUUGGUGAUCGCGUUAAAUAUUGGAUUACCCUGAACGAGCCAUGGAGCUACAGUGUUGGAGGUUAUGAAAAAGGAAAUUAUGCCCCGGGCCGAUGUUCUUACUUCGUGGGUAAUUGCAGCACCGGUGAUUCAGGAAUCGAGCCUUAUAUCGUCACCCAUAAUAUGCUUCUUGCUCAUGCUGCUGCUGUUAAGUUGUAUCAUGAUAUUUAUAAGGGACCCCAAAAGGGCAAGGUUGGAAUCUCACUUGUGACACGAUGGAUGGUACCAUUUUCCGACGAGAAAUUACAUCGGGAUGCCGCAGUUCGUGCUCUUGAUUUUGAUUUUGGAUGGUUUAUGAGCCCAUUGAUAUUUGGAGAUUACCCAGAGGAUAUGCGAAGCAAUGUCGCAGAUAGAUUACCUCGAUUCACAACUGAAGAAUCGUACACUUUGAGGAACUCGUUGGAUUUUCUCGGGUUGAACUACUACACUGCAAAUUACGUGCAACAUGUUUCUGAGGCCGUCACAGAUAAUAUGACUCGAUCUUCUGAUGCUCAAGCUCAAUUAUCGAAUGAGAGAAAUGGAGUUCCAAUUGGUUCAAAGGGAGGAUCAGAUUGGCUUCGGGCAUACCCACAAGGGUUGCAUGAUCUCCUAGUCUACAUAAAGAACAAUUACAACAAUCCCACAAUUUACAUUACUGAAAAUGGUGUGGAUGAACCAAACAAUUCCUCGUUAUCUCUUCGACAGGUCCUCCAAGAUGAUUUCAGGGUUCAGUACUAUGUUGGUCAUCUCCAAAAACUUCUUCAGGCUAUCAAUGCAGGGGUUAAUGUGAAAGGUUACUUUGCGUGGUCAUUAUUGGAUAACUUCAACUGGGAUCGUGGCUAUGCGGUUCGAUUUGGGCUACAUUUUGUAGAUUAUGGCAACGAGUUGAGACGAUACCCAAAGUUUUCAUCCACUUGGUUCACUAAUUUCUUACGAAUUCGUGGCUAGAAAGUGAAAAGAUAGACUAUUAUCUAACCAUAUGGAGAACUAUUAUUUUCUUUGUAACUUCUCUUUUAAUAAGAGAUGGAAAUCAUGUUGCAUUUUACCAUUAAAAAUUAUCAAUAAUUAAUGAAUGAAUCCUCUGUUUUAUUUGGCUACAUAA